CCGGAAGUUACCCAUGCGACUUGGAGGCGCACCGGCUCCACAAACGAGAAACACCGCACCAUGGCCUCGCUCUGAGCCGAUACACACGACAGUGGUGUACGUAACGAACCGGCAAUCCGUCACCAUCGACGCCCUGAUCAUGGACCCACGGUCCAGAGGCUUUUUUCGGGGCCAUCGGAGUUGUCAGUAGUACUCCCAAAGUACUAUAUUGUUUGAUUUUGUGCACUGGCACUUUUGCACGCCCGGGGAUUUAAACCGAAGUGACAGCAGCAGCGCUCACCCCGGCUGCCGGUUAGCUAACUAGCACGCUAAGUCAGUAGCCAAGAAAAGGGCAUCACUUUUCUGUUGGAGUAAAGGACACGGAAACUACAACACAACUACUUUCACUAACAGAAGACUGAUCAGAGGCAGAUCCCCCGACUUCAAAUCGUACACCACAUUCACUACUGAUUCCCGAAAGGCUGGCAACACAACGCCACCCUAAUGCAGAACCAUAAAAGAGCGUGAAAUGAACAAGCCACCACAGCCUAUAACGGGACCCACCUCUGUCCCAAACCCUGCCCCUUCCCCUGGAUUGACACAGGCUGCCUACGGCCCAGGACAGCCCCCUUCUCUUGUUUUUGCCACCCCUCCACCUCCACAAAUGAACUCUGCACCCCAGACAAGACAGACUUACUAUCCAAACCGACCAGCCAUGGCAACCAAUGCUCCAAGAGUACAGACAAGUAGUGGGCCCAGACCUGUUGGACCUACCCAUGUCUACCCGCCCAGCUCCCAGAUGAUGAUGAUUUCCCAGCAGCAGCUGUCUUUUGCUGGAUCCCCUCAGGGCUACUUCAUCCCCCCUCCUGGACAGUACCGGGCCCCAUACAUGCCUCCAACUCAGCAGUAUCCUGUGACCAGCGGUACAGCUGCCUUCUAUCCAGGAACCAGCCCUGCUGAAUACCCCGCUUAUGCAGGAGCAUAUUAUCCAGCACAGCCACAGUACCCUCCAUCGGUCCAGCCUGCACCGGUCAUGAUCAACCCCACCCAGCAACAGCCACAAGCCCCGCCUCCUCAGCAACCACCGGCACAGGCACAAGGCCCACUAAAGAGAGAACGCAAACCGAUAAGAAUACGAGACCCCAACCAGGGCGGGCGUGAUAUCACAGAAGAGAUAAUGUCAGGUGGAAGAUCCACCACCACACCGACUCCCCCACAGGCCUCCAUAGCAGAUUUAAGUCCUGCACAGACCAACGGUGAAGUUGUACAGCCUGUCGCUACAGUGACGAGACAAGAUGAUAACAUGGAGCCUGCUGUAAGCGCUGAAACCCCGCCGCCUCCUGCCACAGCAGACACAGAGCCUGUGCUGGAGGCCAAACAGGAAGUGGACAGCCAGAUGUUGGUGUGUGCUGAAUCAGAUGUACCAUCUGUAGCCCCCACAGCUGCUACUGAGGAUCCAUCCCCAUUGAUAAAUGAUGAGCAGUCUCCCUCUUCCCUCCCUCCUGCAGUAGCAGCUACUACUACUACUACUCCUGCCGAGGCAGAAAAUAAUGACGUUACUAAAGUCAGUGACACAGUAGAUGCUCCUGUCGGCCCUUCGGCAUCAAUAGCAACACAAGAGGCACCUGUUAAAAUAGAGGAACCACAGGCUGCCCCAGCUCCACCUGAGAAGGCACCAGAACAGGAAGAAAAGAUAACAGAGGAAGUGAAGACAGUUGAAAAAGAAGAGCAGGUGGCUAGUUCCAAGUUGGAGCCUGUAGUUGAAGAUGCACCAAUAGUUACCCCUGUUGAAGUGGCAGAAGAAGAAGCAGUGACUAAGACGUCAACUGAAAUGUCUCAUCCUCCACCCUCCAAACAGGAACUAGUUGCUCCACAGACCCAGAGCCCUGCUCCGAACUCUGGCCCUGAACCCGAACCCACUCUGGCUGAAACAGCAGAGCCUCUCGUCUCCAACGGUCUUCCUCAGAACAUUGAGGAACUUUCUGAGGAUGUUACGCUUUCAGACACUACAUCCCUUGACAAGCCAGAUGCCUCUCAAUCUCAGGAAUCCACACCUGUAGCUAAAAUGGCAGCACUAACCCAGGAAGAGGAGGAAGAGGAGGAGAUUGAGGUGGAGAAGGAGGAGAUUAAAGGGGAAGAGAAGGAGAAAAUUGAGGAUGUCCCUCCUACCCCUAUCAGCUGCCCCACAGAGGAAUCUACUACGCAAGCUGCUACGUCUCUGCCAAAGAAGAGGAGGAACAUGAAGGAGCUCAACAAAAAGGAGGCCAUUGGAGACCUCCUGGAUGCAUUCACAGAUGAGCAGGAGGCCAAGCCGGCUUCUGAACCUUUGCCCACUCCGGCCGACCCUGUCCCUGUUGCUCCAGCUGAACCUCCUGCUGAGGCUGCAGAUGAGACUUGGGAAGAGAAAGAGGACAAGCAGAACGCAGAACCUGACAGGCCCAAAGCCUCGCCUGAGCCAACUGAGCAGAAAUACCAGUACAAAGAAGAACAAUGGAAGCCGAUAAACCCAGAGGAGAAGAAGCAGUACGACAGGGAUUUCCUCCUGGGCUUCCAGUUCAUCAGCGCCAGUAUGAACAAACCCGAGGGUCUGCCCACUAUCAGUGAUGUGGUCCUGGACAAGGUGAACAAGACUCCUCUGCGACCUGCUGACCCAGCUCGACUAAUUAACGUUGGUCCUGAUUUUACUCCCUCCUAUUUGGGUAAUCUUGGGAGCAGAUCAGUGGGAGGACCAAGAGGCCCACCUCCGGGGCCACGUCGCUCCCAGCAGGGUCAGCGUAAAGAACCUAGGAAAAUCAUCAUCAGCAGCAUGUCCCUCAAUGAUGACGUGCAACUCAACAAGGCUGAGAAGGCCUGGAAGCCCUCAGUGAAGAAGUCCACUCGCAGCCGCUGUGCUGAGGAAACCGAUACAGAUGACAGUGAACAGGGCAAGACUAAAGAGCUGUUCAAGCGUCUGCGCAGUAUCCUCAACAAGUUGACUCCUCAGAAGUUUCAGGAGCUGAUGAAGCAGGUGACAGAUCUGGCGAUAGAUACGGAGGAGAGGCUGAAGGGAGCCAUUGACCUCAUCUUUGAGAAGGCCAUCUCAGAGCCCAACUUCUCUGUGGCCUACGCCAAUAUGUGCCGCUGCCUUAUGGGAUUGAAAGUCCCAACUACGGACAAGCCAGGAGUUUCUGCCAACUUCCGUAAACUGCUGCUUAACCGCUGUCAGAAAGAGUUUGAGAAGGACCAGGAUGAUGAUGAGAUCUUUGAGAAGAAGCAAAAAGAGUUGGAGGCUUCCAAAGAUGAUGAAGAACGUGAACGCUUGAGGGUGGAGCUGAAUGAUUCCAGAGACCAGGCCCGCCGGCGCUCACUGGGAAACAUAAAGUUCAUAGGCGAGCUCUUCAAGCUGAAGAUGCUGACUGAGGCCAUCAUGCACGACUGCGUAGUGAAACUACUAAAGAAUCAUGAUGAAGAGUCUCUGGAGUGUCUCUGCAGGCUGUUCUCCACUAUUGGAAAAGAUCUGGACUUUGAAAAGGCCAAGCCUCGUAUGGAUCAGUAUUUUAACCAGAUGGACAAGAUCAUCAAAGAGAGAAAGACUUCAUCCAGAAUCCGCUUCAUGCUUCAAGACGUCCUGGACCUCAGAAAGUGCAACUGGGUGCCUCGCAGAGGAGACCAGGGUCCUAAAACAAUUGACCAAAUCCACAAGGAGGCAGAGAUGGAGGAGCACAGGGAGCACAUCAAAGUGCAGCAGCUCAUGUCCAAGAAAGAGGCAGGUGGAGGUAGGAUGGGAGGAGGAGGAGGGGGCAUGGGGGGCCGAGGGUCUCACACACCAGGAGGUGGCCGGAAUAACCCGCCUCAGGAUGAGGGAUGGAACACGGUGCCCAUCUCCAAGAACAGACCCAUCGACACCACCCGCCUUAGCAAGAUCACCAAGCCCGGUGCUCUGGACUUCAGCAACCAACUGUUGGCUCCAGGUGGCAAAGGCAUGUGGGGCAGCUGGGGCAAAGGCAGCAGUGGAGGAACUGGAGCUAAACCCGCCAGUGGAGAGCAAGAUGCUGGUCGUCCAGCUACUAGCACCCUCAACCGAUUCUCUGCCCUGCAGUCUGGUUCUCUGUCUUCAUCAGACUCCGAUCGCAGAGCUCCUCAGAGGUCAAGCUCCAGUCGCGAGCGCGGUGGAGACAGGGGCGACCGCGAGAAGGAUCGCUUUGACCGAUUUGAUCGCAAUGAGGGACGGGAAGGUCGUGACGACAGGAGCACCCGCAACCAAAUCACGAAGAGAAGCUUCAGCAGAGAGUCGCAGGAGCGCGGAGGGAGGGUUGGAGACACCCGGACCCCGACUGAGCCUGUGCGUCGCGUCGCCAGCAUGACUGACGACAGGGACAGAGGAAGUCGGGAUAGAGGAAGUCGGGACAGGGGAGGCAGAGACCAAGGAAGCAGAGACCGAGAAAGCCGGGACAGGGGAAGCAGAGACCAAGGUAGCAGAGACAGAGGAAGUCGGGACAGGGUUCCGAGCAAAGAUCUCACAGCUAAGCGUGAGAGCACCCCCACUCCUCCUCCUUCUCUCUCUAAACCUGCUCUGACUGAGGAGGAGGUGGAGAAGAAGUCAAGCGCCAUCAUUGAAGAAUACCUCCACAUCAAUGACUUGAAGGAGGCGCUGCAGUGUGUGACAGAGCUCAACAGUGCCUCGCUGCUGUACGUGUUUGUGCGGAACGGCUUGGAGUCGACGCUGGAGCGCAGCACAAUCGCUAGAGAGCGCAUGGGCCACUUGCUGCACCAACUUAUAAAGGCAGGGACAUUGCCCACACUGCAGUACUACAAAGGGCUAGAGGAGAUCCUGGAGGUAGCCGAAGACAUGGCCAUAGAUAUACCUCACAUAUGGCUCUACCUGGCUGAACUCAUUACCCCCAUGCUCCAUGAGGGAGGCAUCCCUAUGGGACAGCUCUUCAGGGAGAUCUCAAAGCCUCUCCUGCCUCUGGGGAAGGCCGCUGUGCUGCUGGUCCAGAUCCUUAAGCUGCUCUGCAACGGAAUGACCCCUAAGAAGGUCGGGGCCAUGUGGACAGAGGACGGGCUGAGCUGGAGUGACUUCUUACCCAAGGACGAGGACGUCAACAAGUUUGUCACUGAACAGCAGGUGGAUUUCACCACAGGAGAAACGACGGAGUCACUGGAAGUGGUUCUUAAGAGAGCCCUGAGUGGAGAAGAGCUCAGUCAACAGCUGGACAGACUCCUCGAGGAUAAGGCCAACAACCAGCGCAUCGAAGACUGGGUUGAGGCUAACUUAGAGGAGCAGCAGAUGACUUCCAACCAGUUCGUAAGAGCAUUGAUGACAGCAGUGUGCCAGUCCGCCAUCAUAUGUGACAACCCGUACAGGGUGGAUCCAAAUCAGAUCAAAGAGAGAGCCAGACUUCUGCAGAAAUACAUGUCUGACGAGCAGAAAGAGCUCCAGGCCCUUUACGCCCUCCAGGCACUGAUGGUGCAUAUGGAGCAGCCUGCGAACCUGCUGCGGAUGUUCUUCGACGCCUUGUACGAUGAGGACGUCAUUAAAGAAGAGGCCUUCUAUAAGUGGGAAUCAAGCAAAGACCCUGCAGAGCAGACGGGCAAAGGUGUGGCCUUGAAGUCUGUCACCGCCUUCUUCACCUGGCUCCGCGAGGCAGAGGAGGAGGAGUCCGACAAGGAAUAAAAAAAAUAAAAAUAAAAAAAAGAGUGAACUGAAUGCUGCCACGCCCCCCUUUGGCUAGGUGGUGGCUCUGCAGGCGGCUCUGGAAAGUUGUGGACAAUAUUGCCAGAGAGGCAGACUCAAAUCAAUCCUCAGUGAGGAUAAAUCUUUAUUAUUAUUUUUGUUUCUUUUCAUGGAGGGUGGACUUGGAAAACAAUCAUUUCACUCUACCCUCCACUUCUUGCUUCCUCAUUAUUUCCUCACCUGCUUGUCACAGCAAGUGUCCUAAUCAAAUAAACUUGAAAACUGAUUCAUCAGGAUUGGUUGUUAACACGGUGUGAACUAUUCCACAUCACUGCGAACCUUUUUAGGCACAAUAAUACAAACAGACAGGCUGCUUUUCUAUGGUUCUAGAUAAUACUGAUGCCUAACAUCCUAUCUGAUCUUCGAGAAUAAACAGCAGGGCAUGUGGUGUAGUGGGUUUCCCUGAUACAUGGGUAUCAUCUUGCCAUAACGUGUGUUCAAUCCAAACACAGCUCUUCUAUCUCUUUGUCCCUUACUGGAGUGUGCAGCAUGACUGAAGUGUGUUUCUAUUAAUUAUACAGGAGACGAAAUGUACAUUGAACUAAUCUUACUUUAAUGGAUGGAGUUUUUAAAGCAAAGGUUGUCUAUUUUCUCUUCCUGCUUCCUAGAACUUAGAGGACAGAAUGAUGGAGGACUGAUGUUUGACCUUUGACCUUGACUACUAGGGGGUGGUCUUAAUGCUUCCUCUAAGCCAUCCUCACCCAUCCCCAGUAGUGAACCACACUGACUGACUCCUCAUCUUUACCUCUUCUCUACUUAAACCUGAGCUGUCGUAAAGGACACUUAAUGACCCCAAUCACCAUUAAAACUUGAAAUCUACAGAAAAUUGACUUGACGAAAUAUAUAAAGUUAAAAGGAAAAAAAAAACAACACAGAAACGAUCCGAAAGCCUUUUCUACUUUAAGUGGAAAUUAAUUUCAGGAGCGUUCUGUAAAUAUAUAAUAAUAAACCUUUUUUUUUUUUUUCCAGUUUUAUUUUUCAGAAACAAUAAAUUGCUGAUAUAAUUGCAGUGUAUCUCUUUUCCAACAGCAGUUGUCCAGAUGCAGAGGUGCUUUAGAUAAUCCAUUGAUUAUUAGUUUUAUUCGAAUUUUGUAAAUAUUUUUUUGCUUUCUUUAUUUAAGAAAUUAUUGCUUCUUUUGCAUCUGAAACUGGAAAGAUGAGGUAACGGACAUUGCAAAUAAAGGACUUAUUAAGUUGCA